AUGGAGACAGGAGAGUUUGGCCUCGCGCUGCACACACAGCCGAGCUUUUCUCUCGUAUUUAAGAAUAAAGCCAUAGAUUUGACUAAGCAUUAUCCUGAAUUGGUUGAACCCGCAAAUCUGAUCCUAAAGAAGUGCAAUGGGCUUCCCCUUGCGAUAGUCACAAUAGGUGGCUUCUUGGCAGAACAACCAACAAAAACUGUUGCGGAGUGGAGGAAACUGGAUCGAUCUAUCAGUGUUGAGAUUGAGAUGAAUCGAAAGUUUGAGGACGUAAAAACAGUCCUUAUGAAAAGUUAUGAUGGCCUACCCUAUUACCUCAAGUCCUGCAUCCUAUACUUAUCCAUCUUCCUUGAAGGUCACACAAUUAGCCGGAGACGGUUGGUGUGCCGAUGGGUUGCGGAAGGUUACUCGGAGGAUACAUACACGGCCGAAAGAUACUUCAUGGAACUUCUAGAGAGAAGCAUGAUAUUACCAACUCAGAUUUUACUCUGCAGCAUACAAGGAGCCGACUCAUGUCAGGUACAUGACUUGAUCCGUGAUAUCAUCAUAGAGAAGUCAAAGGAGGAAAAUCUUUUUUUCAAGUUGGAGGAAGGGUGCAACUUGAAUAGACAAGGCGCAGUGCGUCACCUUGCCAUAAGCAGUAAUUGGGAUGGAGAUGAGGGUCAACUGGAGGCCACCAUGAAGUUGUCAUGUAUACGGUCAUUGACGGUGUUUGGAAAGUGGAGGCCAUUUUAUACUUCUGACAAGAUGAGGUUUCUUCGUGUGCUGGACCUCGAAGGCACUACAGAUCUUGAUGAUCAUCACCUUGAGCACAUUGGGAAGCAUAUUCAUUUGAGAUACCUUUCUCUAAGAAGGUGUGAAGGAAUAUAUUACCUCCCAGAUUCAGUGGGUAACCUGCGACAACUUGAGACACUAGACAUCAAAUAUACAAGAAUAAUGAUGCUGCCCAAAACCAUCACCAAGCUUAGGAAGCUAUGUCAACUGAAAGCUGGCAAUCAAUUCUAUGUGGGAGAAGAACGGCCAUCACUAGCAUGUUGUGUACCUUUUGCUUGUUGUUGCGCGAUGGUCAUACGAGCUUAUGUUGUUAAGGUGCCAGUAGGGAUCAGGGAGUUGAGAUCCCUGGACACGCUGCGCUGUGUGCACCUUGAAUGGGAAAAUGCCAACAUAAAAGAGAUAGAAGGUCUCACCAACCUUCGCAAGUUAGGAGUGUAUGGCAUUGAUAGGGGGAAUGGCCCAGAGUUUUGUUCAGCUAUUUCAGGUCUCCACCGCCUUGAAUCUUUGUUUGUGCGGUCAUCGGAACGAGAUUUAUGUGACAUCUUGCACGGCAUGUCCUCGCCUCCAGAAAACCUCCGGAGCCUGAAGCUUCACGGUGAUGGAUGAACUAUGGAUGAACUGCCGCAAUGGAUCAAGGUACUCCAGAAUCUGGUGAAGAUUAAGCUAGAACUCACCGAGGUGUCUACAAAUGAUGAAGACAUGCGAAUCCUUGGGAACCUACCAAACAUAUCCAUCAUGUUAAUCAAGGAGACAUCUUUCCAGAGUGCACUACCUAUCACUUUCCAUAGUGGCCUCUUCAGAAGCCUUGUGGUGCUCGAGCUUGUUUACAUGGAAGUGGAAGUCGGGUCUAUAGGAAGAUAUGUUGCGGCAUGUCUCUCCAAUAGGAGAGCCGAAGCUUUAUAUAGGGGUAUAACCGGUUGGAUCACAACCAACUAG